AUGGCGUAUAGGAGAAGGCAGGGGAUCGGAAAGUUUGCAACUUUCAAGGACGAGACUGAUCACCUUCCGCCGGAAAGCAUCACCCCUGUCAAGGAAAGAUCAUCUCCGACUCGAUCCUUCACAUCGCCUUCAUUCUUCCGUGAGUCCCCUGCUUUUGAUCAACCCAGAUCUAAGGAUUUUACAGCAUACGAGACCGAGCCAAGGGGCUUGUGGGGAGUCAUAGCCCAGAAAGCAAAAUCUGUUAAUGAUAGCUCAUCAACAGCUUCUCAGUCCCGGUUCUCAGACCAGAAAAUGGACAAUCCCAAGCUCCGGAGAGGGCUGGAUAAGCUUACAUCUUCUCUUAAUCAGAUUGGCGACUCUUUUGAGAAAGCCUUUGAGGAAGGGCGGACACUCGUGGGGAACAAAACAGCUGAUAUCAUCCAGGAAACACGAAAACUUCAAACCAGACGAAGAGCAACUGGUGGUCAAGAAGAUAAUCAGAAUCACAAUCAAUCGUAUGGAGUCAGUAGCUCAUGGAAAAAGUCUCCGGAGCAGCCACUGCAGUCAGAUCAUACGGAACAUGAGACUCAACUCAAGGCAUCUCGCGAUGUGGCGAUGGCCACGGCUGCUAAAGCAAAAUUGCUCCUCCGUGAGCUGAGAACUGUGAAGGCAGAUCUUGCAUUCGCGAAAGAGCGUUGUGCUCAGCUUGAAGAAGAGAACAAGCAUCUGAGGGAGAACCACCGUGAGAAAGGAAGCAACCCUGCAGACGAAGAUUUGAUUCGGCUCCAGAUGGAGAGCCUACUAGCAGAGAAAGCACGGUUGGCUCAUGAGAACUCAGUGUACGCAAGGGAGAACCGGUUCUUGCGGGAGAUUGUAGAGUACCACCAGCUCACGAUGCAGGACCUUGUGUACAUAGACCAAGGCAGUGAAGAGGUGACACAAGUUUACCCUUUUGUACCCACUUUGAUGACUUGUUCCCCGAGUGAAGAAGAGAUGAUUAAAGAGAUUCAAGAGAGCUCUGUGUGUGUAAAUGUGGUUUCGGAUCCUUGA